AUGCAGCAGCUGAAGGAGCAUGUGACACAGCUGCAGAUGCAACUGGAGCGACUGAAGAGGGCGAAGGCCUCGUGGCAACAAGCGGAACAACUGAAUGCGCAGCUGAAGACGUUGCUGCGCAAAGUGGUAAAGAGGUCAAAGACCAUGCAGGACGCGUUCCAGAAUCUCCAGUCUUUGGGCUGUGAGAUCAACGUGGCUGUUGGUGCGCCAUCUACGAUCCUCAUGGGAACGUCGCUGAGGAGCAACGACGCAACCCCGCAACUUGGCGAGCUUCGUGAAUACUUGGACCAAAUGUACGCCAUCGCACAUGACAUCAAGCGCGACCCAGUGACUGGCAGGAGAUAUGUGCAGCUGUCUUCGUUAACACCAUUGGCAAGCGACCUGGAUACUGCUAGUCGCAUGAUCUGGCGUGGAAUGCAUCUGAAGGGAGACAAGUGCUGCAAAUACUAUGUUCAUCGACUUCACGUGAACGCCAAUGCCAUCGCAAAGAGCUUUUUCUUGACGCUUGGCGACGCGCUAACCCCAUGCACACUUCACGGGGCAGCUUUCGCUCGGAAGUUUGAGGAGAGAGAUCGCAUCUUGUACAUCUGGACGACUGCUAUGGUACCAUCGCAGCAAGAAUCAGGAAACACAGGUUCAACCAACAAGCCGUGGAAGUUGCGCGUCCGAGAAAAAGGUUGGACCAUGCUGUCCCGAUCCCCAAGUAACCCAGAGCACGAGUCGGUAUUCCGAACUUGCUACGAAGUAUCAAGCGAGUUGGGUGAUUUCGGGCUUGACGAUGGGCCCACAUCAUUAACGCAGGUCGACUAUGACCGUAUUGGGAGCGGCUUCGUCAACCUGCUAAGCAGUGACUUGCGCAAGUUUCAUGAACGGGUUCAAGACAAGCUGAUGGCUGAAUCUGCAGGAGGUUGUUAA